AUGACGCCUCCUGUAUCAUCUCAUUCAAUUAAAUUGAGCGAAGCUGAAAGCGUGGGUGAGGAGAAUUAUUAUUCCUUUGCCUUAAAGCGUAACAGUGAAAUGGUAGCGAAAAUAAAAGAAAGGAACAAAAAAAUACUUGGCAAGAAUGAUGAGGUUCAUCAAAAGUGGGAAAGCAUGGAAUCACAGAAUGAAGUAAAAAGUUCAAAGAUGUUGAUGACAUAUGGCAAGAACUUUUUACUUCAUAUGAAACUUGGCAUGAAAUACGAGCAGUCGAAACCUGAGAGGAAACGAGAGCUUCAUACAUUACAUCGGCAUGAAGCUCUACAAAAGCAUACGGAAAAGUUUUAG